GGGCCAGUCGCCGGCGAGACCACAUCCGGGAGAGGCGAGGAGAGCGGAAGUGGCGUUGGUCUGGCCGGAGCCCUUGGGUGAAAUUGUUAGGCGUGGAGGGGGAGUGAUGUCUUCCAGACUCGGUGCAGUCACCGCCACCCCGGGACCCACAUCCCUUAAGCAGCAGAGGAGCACCAGGAUCGUGGGAGCUAAGAAUAAUAGGACCCAGUGCUCCAUAAAGGAUAAUAGCUUCCAGUACACCAUCCCUCAUGAGGACUCCUUGAGUGGCUCGUCAUCCGCCUCCUCGUGUGAACCAGUGAGUGACUUCCCGGCAACCUUCCGAAAAUCUACCUACUGGAUGAAGAUGAGAAGAGUCAAGCCUGCUGCCACUUCACAGGCUGAAGCUGCAGGUGAAAAGGAAAAGGAGAAGGCCAAAGGAAAAAGGAAAAUCAAGCAGGAAGAAGAUGAAGACUAUCACGAGCUUCCUCAAAAGAAGCACAAGCUGUAUGGGAGGAAGCAGCGGCCUAAAGCUCAGCCUCACCCCAAACCCCAGGCUCGUCGGAUUCGGAAGGAGCCGCCAGUCUAUGCAGCAGGCAGUAUGGAGGAAAAAUGGUACUUAGAGAUCAUGGAUAAAGGCAGUGUGUCCUGUCCUACCUGCCAAGCAGUGGGGAGGAAGACUAUAGAGGGUUUAAAGAAACACAUGGAAAACUGCAAACAGGAAAUGUUUACCUGCCAUCAUUGUGGGAAACAACUUCAUUCACUGGCAGGAAUGAAGUACCACGUCAUGGCCAAUCAUAAUAGUUUGCCAAUUUUGAAGGCAGGAGAUGAAGUAGAUGAGCCAAGUGAGAGGGAACGGCUUCGAACAGUUCUAAAGAGAAUGGGAAAGCUCCGGUGCAUGCGUGAGAGUUGCUCCAGUACCUUCACCAGCAUUAUGGGAUAUCUGUACCAUGUUAGAAAAUGUGGCAAAGAAGCUUCGGAGCUGGAGAAGUUGGCCCUGAAAUGUCACCAGUGUGGGAAAGCAUAUAGGUCAAAGGCUGGGCUUGCAUACCACAUGAGGUCAGAGCACGGGCCUGUCUUCUUCCCAGAGUCAGAACAGCCAGACUGUUUAAAGGAGAUGAGUUUGGAGGCAAAGGGUGGAGGCCGAGUCCAGCGACGUUCAGCCAAGAUAGCUGUGUACCAUCUGCAGGAGCUGGCAUCCGCUGAACUAACUAAGGAAUGGCCAAAGAGGAAGGUGCUCCAGGACCUGGUACCCGAUGACCGGAAGUUAAAAUAUACUCGCCCUGGGUUACCUACCUUCAGCCAGGAAGUCCUGCACAAGUGGAAGACGGAUAUUAAGAAGUACCAUCGCAUCCAGUGUCCUAACCAGGGUUGUGAAGCUGUCUACAGUAGUGUAUCUGGCCUGAAAGCUCACCUGGGCACUUGUACAUUGGGCACCUUCGUGGCUGGAAAGUACAAAUGUCUUCUGUGUCAGAAAGAAUUUGUGUCAGAGAGUGGUGUCAAGUAUCACAUCAACUCUGUGCACGCCGAGGAUUGGUUUGUUGUGAACCCAACAACCACGAAAAGCUUUGAGAAGCUGAUGAAGAUAAAGCAGCGGCAGCAGGAGGAGGAGAAGCAGCAGCAGCAGCAGCAUGGAAGGCGGCGGUCUCUGAGGAGGCAGCAGCAGCCCCGCACUGAGCCUCCAGAGAGCCAGCCGGAGCCGAAGGUGGGGAAGGAGCAGGGCGGGAAUGAGGAGCUGGUGGGAUCCGAGCCGGAGCCAGUGCCAGUACAGCCCCAGAAAGCUGAGCCUGCCAGGACCACUCACAAACGAGGGAGGAAGUAGACAGCCAUUGAGCAUGCUCCAAGGAGAGUGGAUGUGAUGCAGUUGUCAUGGGAACACGUGCAGGGGAGGCCUGAGUCAGGCUAGAUGAAGAUGCUUUCGUCUAUUGCUGUUGGGCUCUGGCUCUCAGCUCCUCUGUGUAAAUUUCACAGUCUUCCUGCCUCAGUAGGUUCAUAUUCCCAUGGAGUCCUCUUGCUUUUCUGUUGCCCGAGAGCUCCCGUGGCAAAGCAACUGCAGGUCCCCUCGCCUGUGCAAGGUUAAGAAAGAAGUCUUCAGCUGGUUUUCUUCAUUCUUUCCUGUCUGGGUUAUGAAUGUUCUUGGAAUCUCCAUUGAUUUAGUGGCUCCUCUUGUUAUUUAGCUUAUAAAACAGUUCAAAACUAAUUUUUUAAAAAGAUGUAACAGGUUUUAUCCUCCUGUGUUUGUGACAUAAGAGGACUGGAAAGGAGAACUGCCACGUUUGUUACAGUGUGGCCCUGAACUGCAGGAAGUGGAGCCUGACAGAGGCUGCUUGUCUUUAAUUAGGUUUUACUGUUGAGAGGAAGAAAAUGAUUUAGGAUGGAAAAACUAGGAGCUCACUAUGCUUGCUUCUGGAGCAGGGACUAAUUGAACCCACAGGCAGGAGAACAGCCUGAGGAGUCUGUGUCCCAAACACUAAGAUGGCAAGGGAGGGGCCCUACCCUCCUAGACUGCCAGCAUCCCUUACUGUGUUGACUUGGUGCCCUGGCCUCUGGCAAUGACACUGAGGCUGCAAAGCAAGGUGUGCUGUCCCUCUCCCCUGUGCUUACCUCACUUGUUAAGCCACACCCACUUAAUUCGUCCAUGGCAUUAGCUCACCUCUGUCUGAAUGUUCUGAGAAUUCUGUCCUGCUGUUUUGUAUAUGGAGUUCUAUCAGCUUUAUAUUGUGAGAUUCUGACACUAGAUGUAGAUAUUUCUCUGGAGCCGGAAAGAAUGGUCUCUGUACCUCAUGCCUGUCUGGUGGUGUUCAGUGGACUCUUCCCCUGGAGGGUGGAUAUCUUGGAACAUGGGUUAGAAUAAGUAGCCUUGUUGUUGUGUUUCUGGUUUCUCUUCCUCCUUUUGUGUAAAUAUUGUUCUUCUAUAUUCCCACCUAUUGUGUGGCAUAUGCCACUUACCAAGCUAACCUUGUUAUGGACAAAUACCACCUUUCCAAACUCUGAAAGGCAAUUUGCCACCCUUGAAGUCUCUGUUCUCUGUGCUCUUCUAAAUAGCUUUAUCAUGUGUGCUUUGUGAAGCCCAUGUUUCAAUAAUGGGGCAUUAAAACUUGAGUUGGGCACUGCCAGAAGGGUCAUUUUGAAAUAAGUCAAGGAAAUGAUGUGUUUGUGCUGUUCUUCAUUCCUGCUUACACCCGUAAAACUCCGGUAGUAGGUGAGGGUGAGGGUGGUGGGGGAGAAAGAAGAAGCUAUGUGAAGUUCUGAUGACAAGGACUUGGAGAAUAUUUGGCAAAUAAAAUGACUCUCUCAGAAA